CUGCUUUAGAACUAUUUGGUCUGAAUGAUAGCUCUGCAAAGCUCCCUCGUCUCUGUAGCCGUUUAUACAGGUACUAUGACAUAAAUUUACUAUAUCAAGGCAUAACUAGGCAUAAGCGCCCCACUAAACAUGAGCAAUCUUCAACCACCACCAUGUCUUCGAGUUCCUCAUCCUAAUUUCAGUACAUGGAAGAUCAGAAACUAUACACCGUGUCUUCCCUCAAGCGAUUUGAAAUUUGACUCAUCCUCGACUUCAGCUUCCUCCAUAACUAGGUUCAACAGCAACGAUGGCCACACAGACAACGCACAGCGAUGGCAUAUCGAUCAUUCUUGACCCCACUGUCAGUUCUGGAACACCAACGAUGAAUGGAAACCUCAAAAUCAAAGCUCUCCCAGCAGAAUUCUACGACCAGUUCUUCUCCAAUCUGGGAAAACAAUUGAAACUCAGUCCUAUUCGUGGUCUCUUUCCACUCGAAAAACAGCCUGGCGUCAUCUCUCUACUGGCUGGAAAACCAGAACCAUCCACCUUCCCAUUCACAUCUCUGUCUUUUACUGCUAAAGAUCCUGCGAACGAAGCUUCGGAAACGACUAUCACAAUUCCUCAAGAUCAAUUGGCUCCAGGAUUGCAAUACAGUGACACAGCGGGUAUUCCGGAUCUGCUGAAAUGGAUCACGGGCUUGCAGGAGAUCGCUCACGGGAGAAAACACGGGGCAAAUGUAUCUGGAGAGGGACAGGAAGGGUGGAGAGUCAGUAUGGGUACCGGGUCUCAAGAUUUAAUCUUCAAGUCUGCCGCGGCGAUGAUCAACCCAGGCGAUUCUAUUCUCGUUGAAUCGCCUGUCUACGCGGGAGUCAUCCCGAUAUUCAAAAACUUGGAUUGCAAACAGAUCGAAGUCCCCACGGAUGCACUUGGUAUUCGUUCUUCGUCUUUGAAAGAUAUCCUAGAAAACUGGCCUGAGAGCGAGAAGAGGCCACAAUUGUUGUACACUGUCCCUUAUGGCUGCAACCCCACUGGAAUGACUGCUUCGCUUGAGCGUAGGAAAGAGGUCCUUAAGUUCGCCAGACAAUACAACCUCAUCAUUUUAGAAGACGACCCCUAUUACUACCUUUACUACGGCAAAGCUGCCCGGCCAGCGUCGUACUUUGCUCUUGAGGCAACAGAACCCUACGGAGAGGAAGCAGGAGAGGCAUGCGCCGAAGUGGGAAGAGUAUUGAGGUUCGACUCGCUCUCGAAGAUUCUCUCAGCCGGUUUGAGAAUCGGGUUCGCUACUGGCCCGGAGACAAUUCUGAGAAGAGUGGAUAUGUUGACAGCCAACGCGAAUCUACAAGUAUCGUCCCUUACCCAGCUCAUCACUUUGCGUCUGCUCGAUUCCUGGGGUUACGAUAAGUUCUUCCUCCACACGAGAAAUGUAUCGGAAUUCUACAAGAAAAAACGGGAUGUUUUCGAGGGAGAGUUGCAGAAAUGGCUAGGCGGUGGUGCUUUGGAAGAAGGUGAAAGUGAUGAAGGACGAUUAGCAGAGUGGGUUUCUCCAGAGGCAGGGAUGUUCUUCUGGUUCAAAUUACUCGUUGAACCUGCUAGUGCCCAACCAUCCUUGCCGGCUUCUGAAGAACAAGACUCCCGAACACUCAUCGAAACGCACGCAUUCGCCAAUGGUGUCCUCGCGUUGCCCGGUACAGUAUUCUUACCCAAUGGUUCUAAGACGCCCUAUGUGCGGGCGUCGUUCAGUCUUUUAGGAGAUGAACAAGUGGUGGAAGCAAUGAAGCGAUUGAGGAAAACUGUACUAGAAGUAAGGAGGGAAAGAAGUUCGACUACGAAUUAGAUAAUGAUGUAUGUACAUACAUAUCAAGUUCAUAGCCCGGUGCUUGAGGUCUGAAAAGCCAAUAUUUAUGGCGACGGUCCCACUGGCGGGAACAUCCCGCCUUUAAAGAAACUUAGAAAGUUGACGCUCAGG